GUCUUUAAAAAAUGCUGCAAAGACUAUUGAAAGGGGGUUCAAAUAUUAAUAAAAGCUAGAAUAAAAAAAAUAAAAAACUUUGUUGAUUUGCAAUCAGUUUUGAAUUUAUUUUAUUGGGGAAAAUGUACUUCUACACACGAUAAAAAUUGAUGUUUUACUGAAUGUUUGCAAAUAAAUAUCGUCAAUUUUUCUCAUCAAGACUAGACUACAGUACAUAAAACGUGUGUUGGAUUUGGCCCUGCCCAUUUUCUGUGAUCAAAAUUAAGUCUAAAAUCUCAAAAUGGUCUUGGAUCUGGAACUUUUCCGUGCAGACAAAGGUGGGAAUCCUGAGAAGAUCAAGGAAAGCCAGGCAAAACGAUUUAAAGAUGCGACACUGGUCGAUAAAGUUGUGGAAGCUGACACAGAAUGGCGAAAAUUACGCUAUCAAGCAGACAAUCUCAACAAGUUGAAAAACCUGUGCAGCAAAAUGAUUGGAGAAAAAAUGAAGAAAAAGGAGCCAGUGGGAGAUGAGAGUCAACCAGUACCUGAUGCAAUUUCUGCCCAACUAGAUGACCUCACUCGGGAGAUAUUAGAAUCACAUUCACUUUCUGUAGCACAGCUAAAGAAGGUUAGACAGCUUGUUGAUGAUGGUAUUGUCAAGAAUGACAAUGAGAGAAGAGAAUGUGAAGCUAAGAGGAAAGCCAGUCUGUGGGAGAUUGGCAAUCUGCUUCAUGAUUCUGUGCGUGUCAGCAAUGAUGAGGAUGAGAAUACUAUUGAGAGGACGUUUGGCGACUGUUCACUUCGCAAGCAAUACUCCCAUGUUGAUCUUAUUCACAUGAUUGAUGGUAUAGAAGCAGAGAGGGGGACAGUGGUUGCUGGUAACAGGGGGUACUUCCUCAAGGGAGCAGCUGUAUUCUUGUCAUUAGCUGUUCAACAACAUGCACUUCGUAUCCUAACUUCCAGAGGAUAUACUCCCCUCUAUACACCAUACUUCAUGCGCAAAGAAGUCAUGCAAGAGGUUGCCCAACUUAGCCAAUUUGAUGAUGAAUUGUAUAAGGUGUUAGGAAAGGGCAGUGAGAAGGCAGAGGAGAACACAAUUGAAGAGAAAUAUUUAAUAGCCACUUCAGAGCAGCCUAUUGCAGCAUUCCACAGAAAUGAAUGGAUGUCACCGUCGGACCUUCCUAAGAAGUAUGCAGGGUUUUCAACUUGUUUCAGGCAGGAGGUCGGGUCACAUGGCCGAGACACAAGAGGCAUCUUUAGAGUUCAUCAGUUUGAAAAGAUUGAGCAGUUCUGCUUUGCCUCGCCGAAAGAUAACAUGUCUUGGGAGCUGUUUGAUGAGAUGAUGCGUAAUGCAGAAGACUUCUGUCAAUCUCUUGGUAUUCCAUACAGGAUAGUAGGAAUAGUUUCAGGAGCCCUGAACAAUGCAGCAGCGAAGAAACUUGAUUUAGAGGCAUGGUUUGCAGGAUCAGGUGCAUUCAGAGAGCUUGUAUCAUGUUCAAACUGUACUGAUUACCAAGCUAGGAGGUUACUUGUACGAUAUGGACAGACAAAGAAAAUGAACACCAGUGCAGAGUAUGUACACAUGUUGAAUGCUACUAUGUGUGCUAGUACACGAGUGGUGUGUGCUAUCUUAGAGAACAACCAAACUGAGUCUGGUAUCGUGGUUCCAGAAGCUAUCCGAGAAUUCAUGCCUCCAGAGUUCAAAGAAUUCAUCAAGUUUACCAAACCAUCUCCGAUGGAUGAGCAACAAACCAAGAAAGAGAAGAAACAGAAAGAAGGAGGAAAGAAGAAGGGUAAAUCACAGGAGAGUGGAGAUGUAGCAGCAAAAACACAAGAUGGUAUUGCCAAAGGAAUUGAAAAAAUGGCCGUAGAUCAAUGAUGUCUGCAGAUGGAUUGCUAAUGGAUCCAAACAUUGUUAAUCUAUUCUCUAUGUGAUGCAAUGGGAAUGUCAAGCUUAUGAUGAAUAUGUUAUCAGAACAUAUUUCUUUCAAACUCAUCAUUUUCGGCCUGAAAGAGCAUUAUAUUUUAUGAUUUUUUUUUCUAUGUAUUAUCAUGUAAUGAAUAUGUUGCAUUAGAUUGCUAAUCUCUCCUCUUUUAUACACUCCAAUGCUUCACUUCUCAGUUCCAUCUUUCUUACGCGCUCUCUCUUUUUCCCUCUCUUCUCAUUCAUUACUGUACAUCAAAUCUUGAUUAGUAGACUUUCUCUUGAUUUUAUUUAUGUUUAGUACUUUUCAAACAAACCGUUACAGCAAACAUAAAGCCUUUGAAUGUUUUUCUAUAAAGUGUACUGACAAUCCACACAUUCAAGUAGGCUGUAAUGAAUUUGGAGAACAAGAAUUAAAUGAAACACUUCAAGUGAAACUAUUUUUCAGCUACUUCCUUGUCAUUUUUAAAGGUAUAAAUAUCAAUUAGCAACACAUUAGAAACCUGCUUGAAGCUUGUACAGUUAUGAGAGUAUACCCUACUGACCAGAUACAUAGACUAUCAUAGCCAUUAUCCAUGCAACGUUCACAUCAGAAAAAUAAAAUUGUCAAAGACUUCUCACUAGUUAAAACAGUUGAAUUCAAAUAUCAACUAGACGAAUGUCCACACUGGAAUGUCUGUCUCAUGUAUACUGUUUACUUAUGCUGUCCUAAGACAUGCUGUACUAAAAAACAACAGACUUGUUGUACAUGAUGGUACAGCUGUUAGAGCUAAGCUUGUUGAUGAAGAAAUACCUAUCAAUUUAAAAAUAUAAAAAGGAAUGUACCAAUUUUUUGCUUUAGUUUUGGUGAGAGCUUAUUACUUGAUAAUACUUGGUUUCUUUCUUGGUUUGGGUUACAUUAGAUUUUAGGCAUGCAUAAGGUUUAGACAUAGCUAGCAUUUUAGUCUUUUCAAUAAGAUUUGUUGUGGAAGCUGCUUACGUACAAAAGGAAAACAACUAGGUAUGUUUAUCCCUUCUUUUCUUGAAUUUAUCCGGAAUUCAUGGCCUGAAGUAGAGCUCUACUGCUCUGCAGUGGUCAUCAGAAAGAUAUCAGACCUUUAUCACCGCAAUUGACCUUCCAUAUCUUAUUUCUUGUAUUCGUGUUAAUGCUAACUUUAUUUCCUCCUUGAUGACAUAUAUAAAUGUGCAAUCACUUUAAAGAAAGUCAAAUCAUUUAUUGAAUCCAUCUCUUUCUCCCAUAUCUCUCUUACCAUAUUCUACAGUUUGUUUUUUUCUGAAUACGUUUUAUAACUACAUAUUUCUUGAUUUUUUCUUUUGUUUUCGUUGUUGGAAAGGGCACUUUUUUUUCAGCAAAAUUGCUAGUCAAUUCUUAUGAUUGUAAUUAGAAUCUCCAUAUUGCCAUAGAAGGAAAUCAUAAUAUUGAGGAAACUUCGAUGAUUUUAUAUCUAUUGUUAAUGGCUUUGAGUCAAAGAUAUUUUUUGUAAUUAUAGCUGUCCUGUUUAACAUGGCAAGAAGUUUAUAUUUAACGUUAAGUCAGGAAAUCAUAGACAGGAUGUAUGGAAAGAGAAAAUUCAUGGGCUUCUAUUGAUGCUCAAGACAAUUUUAUAGGUUACAGUUACCACUCGUGGUAAUGAUUACCUUGAAUCACUCACAUUUUUUUUGGGGGGGAUAGUCAUCUUUAAUUUUUUUCUCCUUGUGACAUGACUUAACAACAUAGUAAAUCAGAUUAUAACUAUUAAAAUAACAUCAUCAUCUUUAACUACCUAUACCCUGUUUACAGGGCAGGGUUGGGCGGUACUCGGCCUCCCUAUUUUGUGCGUUAACAUUGCUUGGCCCAACCUACAUUGGAACCUUUCAAUAUUUUGUUAUAGUGGCACUCUACAUGUAAAAAAAAAUAUUUGGUGGAGUGCCGGGGUCAAAUUGCAGUGCCAGGCGGACUCGCAUUUGGGUCUGCACCCUUUUAGAGGGAAAAAUGGCCAGCUGAGCACUAGAAAAAACAAUGUCCAGAGCUUGGCCAAAUAUGCGGCUGCUUUUGGCCUUUUGUACAUGAACAGUUGCCUAUUUUCACUGUACAUUUAGCCAUACUGUGCAAUUAAGUAAAUGCUUCUCUAGAAAUUAUGUAACAUAGUCCAGUUCUACGUUGCAUGAUGAAAGCAGUCAAUGUCAAGUUCAGUGUUGGCGUUAAGGUGAUACAGCAGCAACAACACCUUACUUGAAAUAAAGCUUGUGCCUGGAUUGAUAUCACAUUGUGUUGCUACCAAUGAUGCAUUUGGUAUUAUUUUUGUAAUCCAACAUCUGAUGUAGAUUAGGCUAAAUAUGCACCUAUAAGAGAUGGACACUCAUUGAAUAGUUAAUGAAUUCACUAGCAUGUGACCAUCAUUGUGCUUUGAAUAAAAUUCUCUUCAUAUUUGUCAAUUAGGCCUUGAGAUAAAAGAAGCAAUUUGUGAUUAGACAUUGAUAUUGCACAAACUGUACGCGCAGAUGAUAAAUCACUUAAAUCCUGAAAAAUCGAUGUGCAGUUCUGGUUUACCUUUGGCAAUCUUCGUUCCAUGUGUUUUAUUUGGGAAAAUGUAUGCAUAUUUCAAGAAAGAGGCAAUAAAGUGAUUUUCUAUUAUGUAUAAUCCCAGUUUUCAAAUUUUCCUAUUUCCUAAUAUUCCAGAGAUACAAUCUCCAUAUUGUGUAGAGAGUGUUUAUCACUUAAUGUUAUUGAGGUCAUUAUGUGCAUGCGGAAGUGUGCGGAUCAAAUGAUAACAUAUUUGAUGUCACAAAAUUGUCUGCUUCUCAACUUUGCUGCUCCAUAUCUAAAGUAUGUUGAUUGAAAAACAUUUUCUAACACAGGGCAUCAGCCAACAAAACCAAAACCAGGAAACCUGUGCCUUUGUAAAUGAUCAGAUAUGACUAUGGUAGUUGUUGUCAAAACACCUGAAUGUUCUCAUUAAGAUGCACAUAAUCACUAGGCUGUGGAUCUCGUUCGAUCAAAGAUAUGAAAGGGUUAUAUGUCCAUCUCUAAUACGUCAAUGGGCUAACUAAUUCAACCCUGAACACCAACACCUAUAAUGUUCUUAAAAUUGCCAUAGUCUGUGAGAUUCAAUUGUUUUAGUUUCUUUAUAAAAGGGAUAGUGAAAACACACUUUUCAAAGGUUUUUUUAAGAACAAUUAUACCAGUGAGCUGUAGGUCUAUGUUUAGGAAUGUAAAGAAUAUGUGUAAGUCUGAGGAAAUUUACAUCUAAAAGGUUGUGACGCUUUGCCCAAGAUUGAUUAGUCACUGAUUCCAAACGAUUAUUUUGUCUGUAUGUCCAUGGGCCAUGCAGAUAGUGCUACCUUAGCAAUAUGAGCUAACUAUACCAGUAGACCUUAUGACAAUACUGUUAAUUUUUUACAUAAAUGAUAAAAUGUAAAAUGUCAAUUCAAAUGAUGAAAGCAUUUUUCCUUUGUAUAUUCCCCCUUCAAAUAUCAAAGACUAUUUUUACAGGGAUGAAAUAGAUUGGAAGGACAAGUCCACUCCAAUAAAAAGUCCAUUUGAAUACAAAGAAAAAAAUCCAACAAACAUAACACUAAAAAUUUCAUCAAAAUCGGAUGUAAAAUAAGAAAGUUAUGACAUUUUAAAAUUUCGCUUAAUUUUACAAAACAGUUAUAUGCACAUCCUGGUCUGUAUGCAACUGAGGAGACUGAUGACGUCAUCCACUCACUAUUUCUUUUGUAUUUCAUUAUAUGAAAUAUUCUAAUUUUCUCCUCAUUGCCAAGUGAAACAACGAUUAAUUCCUCCCUGAACAUGUGGAAUUAGCAUUGUUUAAUACUAUAUGGUUCAGUCAAGUCGGUCCUUAUUGUCAAAUUUGUAAAAAAUAAAAUAUUGUAUAAUUCAAACAAUAAAAAACAAAAGAAAUAGUGAGGGACAUCAUCGACUAUCUCAUUUGCAUGUCACUCAGUUGUGCAUAUCACUGUUUUGUGAAAAAUGAUCGAAACUUAAAAAUUUCAUAACUUUCUUAUUUUACUUCCGAUUUUGAUGAAAUUUUCAGUGUUGUGCUAGUUUGAUUAUUCUCUAUUUAUUAAAAUCAACAUUUUCUAGGGUGGACUUGACCUUUAAGUAACAAUGGUAAUGAUAAAUGUCCUUAGCUUGAAUCAAUGCAGUUUCUGUUGAUGUCUACAUUUAUUUAUUUUUUUCAAAAACAAGAGUGACAUUCUUCUUAAACUUGUAACUAUCAUUGUCAAUUUGAACUAAAAAUCAUUAGUAUAGAAUGUGAAAGUAGUAUAGAAGAAAAGUCUUGCUUAAUCUUUCAAAUGACUUUUGACCCGAGGUCAGAUGCACUGGGUGAGAUAUGAUUAUCUGAGAAAGUCUAAAGCAUACCCAUGUUUGAAAAGAAAAAUAAGAUUUGUUUUAAUGAAAUGUCAACAUUGCUCCUGUAAACUAUUUUUUAAUAGUUUAUUUCCAGCAUAUGAAGAAUUACAUGAUAUGUUAUAUUUCUGUUAUGUCUGCCUAUGUCUCUUUAUGCGAGAUGUAUGUAUUAUAUUAAAUAAAUCAUCCUUCAAUUUA